GAUCACUUGGGACCCAGACAGAGCAGAAGGAUCAUUUCACCAGCAUCACAACUUCUACAAUGGAUGUUUUAUCCACCAUCAGGUAGGCAAAGUUGUAUCUAUUGUGAAGGGAAUAAGCGGUAGGAAAUGGAUGGAUGGAACAUGACUUUUGUUGACUGAAAACUCGCUGCAAUAGGAAUGUGUCAAAUUGAUGGAAAACUUUUUAAAAUGCAAUGUAUUAUACUAGCUUCACCAGAUUGAUUGAUAAAGGGGUACCUCUACACUUUAAAAAUAUAAGACGUUAUUAACAUCUGUAGAGUUCAUAACAUUCCGGAACAUUCUAGGAUGCGACAAAAAAACGUUUUAUGUUUGUUUGACAUGGUGGCGCUAUCAACAUAUCGGACACAAAAAAUGUGGGCUUAACAUUGUUGUUAUCGCCAAGUUAGGAAGGUUAAAAAGAGUACAAAUAUCUUAUUUUUACACCAAUUUGGAAGGCAGGUGUAACAGCUAAUAUAAUAUAGUGGCAUUGUGCCCCAUUUGUAUUUGACUUCAUUAAAUGGAUAUAUAUUAGUGUUUGGCGUUAAUGGACCCAGAGGGAAUAGAAAGGGGUAAAAAAGAAAGAGGAAGAAAUUGCAGGGACAAGAGAGUGAUAAGACAGAAAAUAAAAACAACAGCAGAACUACAUCAGCAAAUACGAUAUACAGUAUACAAAUAUGAUACCACAAAUUAUAAAGAGCAAAUUAAUGAAUUAUUUUAAAUUAUAGGAAUUAUUUUCAACAAACGUCUUUGUGCAUACAGUGCAAUAUUUUCAUGGAUACUGUGAGAUAUUGUAAAUAUUGAACAGCGCGCCUAACUGGAAAAAGGCAAACGUCACACCUUGUGUAAAUGAAACAAAAGCCUAUUCAGAAUCAGAAAUACUUUAAUAAUCCCUGAGGGGAAAUUAAGAUGUUCAGCACAAUCCCAUUCAAGAGCAGACAAACAUUACAGGGAGACAGAACAGGAUCGCUGACGGGUCUGCCAACUUCGCCACUUACAAAAAAGGUGAGAAACAGGUGAACGCGCGGGAGGAGGCCACUGGAGAGGGGGUCCAGACUGAGGCCAAGGAAGAAGAAAAAACCUCAUAACCAUAGCAUGCAUAAGCAUGUGUGUAAGAGGAAAACAUCAAAGAACACAAAGGACAUUAAAAGAGCACAGCGGAUGCAACCAUUUCUACAUACAGCUCCAAAGUAAAACAACAAAAAACAUAUACACUGUGGUGUAUAUGCCAAAUGUAUGUUAAUGAAAACUAUUCAACAAAACAUAAAAAUUGUCCAACUAAUUAUAGGUGUAAAAAAUAAGUGUAUGUCAACUUCCGGCCUCAAGUUCAAAGCAUCUUCAGUGGCAGUUGGAUUAUGUCAUCAAAGAGCUUUUAGACAAUAUGCAUCUCCCAUGGAAUGCAAGCAAAGAUCACUUGGGACCCAGACAGAGCAGAAGGAUCAUUUCACCAGCAUCACAACUUCUACAAUGGAUGUUUUAUCCACCAUCAGGUAGGCAAAGUUGUAUCUAUUGUGAAGGGAAUAAGCGGUAGGAAAUGGAUGGAUGGAACAUGACUUUUGUUGACUGAAAACUCGCUGCAAUAGGAAUGUGUCAAAUUGAUGGAAAACUUUUUAAAAUGCAAUGUAUUAUACUAGCUUCACCAGAUUGAUUGAUAAAGGGGUACCUCUACACUUUAAAAAUAUAAGACGUUAACAUCUGUAGAGUUCAUAACAUUCCGGAACAUUCUAGGAUGCGACAAAAAAACGUUUUAUGUUUGUUUGACAUGGUGGCGCUAUCAACAUAUCGGACACAAAAAAUGUGGGCUUAACAUUGUUGUUAUCGCCAAGUUAGGAAGGUUAAAAAGAGUACAAAUAUCUUAUUUUUACACCAAUUUGGAAGGCAGGUGUAACAGCUAAUAUAAUAUAGUGGCAUUGUGCCCCAUUUGUAUUUGACUUCAUUAAAUGGAUAUAUAUUAGUGUUUGGCGUUAAUGGACCCAGAGGGGAUAGAAAGGGGGGAAAAAGAAAGAGGAAGAAAUUGCAGGGACAAGAGAGUGAUAAGACAGAAAAUAAAAACAACAGCAGAACUACAUCAGCAAAUACGAUAUACAGUAUACAAAUAUGAUACCACAAAUUAUAAAGAGCAAAUUAAUGAAUUAUUUUAAAUUAUAGGAAUUAUUUUCAACAAACGUCUUUGUGCAUACAGUGCAAUAUUUUCAUGGAUACUGUGAGAUAUUGUAAAUAUUGAACAGCGCGCCUAACUGGAAAAAGGCAAACGUCACACCUUGUGUAAAUGAAACAAAAGCCUAUUCAGAAUCAGAAAUACUUUAAUAAUCCCUGAGGGGAAAUUAAGAUGUUCAGCACAAUCCCAUUCAAGAGCAGACAAACAUUACAGGGAGACAGAACAGGAUCGCUGACGGGUCUGCCAACUUCGCCACUUACAAAAAAGGUGAGAAACAGGUGAACGCUCGGGAGGAGGCCACUGGAGAGGGGGUCCAGACUGAGGCCAAGGAAGAAGAAAAAACCUCAUAACCAUAGCAUGCAUAAGCAUGUGUGUAAGAGGAAAACAUCAAAGAACACAAAGGACAUUAAAAGAGCACAGCUGAUGCAACCAUUUCUACAUACAGCUCCAAAGUAAAACAACAAAAAACAUAUACACUGUGGUGUAUAUGCCAAAUGUAUGUUAAUGAAUACUAUUCAACAAAACAUAAAAAUUGUCCAACUAAUUAUAGGUGUAAAAAAUAAGUGUAUGUCAACUUCCGGCCUCAAGUUCAAAGCAUCUUCAGUGGCAGUUGGAUUAUGUCAUCAAAGAGCUUUUAGACAAUAUGCAUCUCCCAUGGAAUGCAAGCAAAGAUCACUUGGGACCCAGACAGAGCAGAAGGAUCAUUUCACCAGCAUCACAACUUCUACAAUGGAUGUUUUAUCCACCAUCAGACUUGUGUACAGUAAUGAUGUUGCUGAGAUGCUUGAGCAAAUUCUGCCGAUGUUGCCAUCCUCUUUUUCUGUGGAAGAGGCAAACCUGUACCAAGAGGAGAUAUGACAGCAUGUGGGUGAGGGACGUCAGUGAGUGAGUGGGCGAGAGAAGUGAGGGACCGGCGACAGUGAGUGCUUCCAGGUGCUCUCUCUAGCUUGCUGGAUGGCUGCGUCCAAUAAAGUCACAAAGUUGCAACAAACCGCCGGCCUCGUCAUUCACCCUCAGCUGUAAAGACCACUUCCGGGUAAAGUGAAGGUUGUUAGCCCCGAAGGAACGUCUCCCCUGCGCUCCUCAACUACGAAGUUGCUUCUGAGGCAGUUUGUGAUCAUGAAGCAGCUGUUGGAGGUUCCCAGCUAUGUUUCCGUGGAGCACAUGAAGCAGUGGAUCCUGUCUCGAAGGAGCUUCCUGGAAGAGUUCCAGGGAUUUGACGUAAAGAUGAACCGAAAGAUGUUUUGUCUUCUUGAAUCGGCCUGGAUCAGUGCAAGGUGCGUCUGUCUAAACAAGAUGGAGAAGGAAGUCUGGGAGGAUAUCCGGGAGGAGGUGCGGCUUUCACAGCUGCUAGGCAAGAGCGUGACACUGGAAGGUUUCCACAUGUUUUUGUUAGUGGUGUGCCCCAAAGCAGAGGAAGAAGUGGAGUGGUUCCUCGGGAAGCUCUUCAACAGGUUGCAGAGCGCAUUAAGAAGAUCAACCCUCAGCAUGACCAAGAGAUUAAUCCUACUUUCCCAGCUCCAUCGCUAUACUGACCACCUGGCGAAAGGAGUGGUGGAACGUGCUGUCCGCCUCUUCCUGGAUAAGCAGGAGCCUGGUUCAGACGCUGAGACGAGACGACAUGAGGUUGCCAGGAUGGAGAUCGUCAGUAUGCUGGCACAGGCACUGUCUUGCUGCACCUGGCUCAGUCCCCACAUCGCUGAGGACCAUCUCCUCCACCUCUGCACGUUGACGGUCAGGGAAAUGAUCCAAAGCAUGUUUGCAGUCUUUGCGGAGAACUUUGAAAACUUCCUGAUGAACUUUGACGAAAGCUUUUUGGCCCCACGGGACAGCAUCAAGAAGGCCAUCGAUGACCUGGUCUCCAUCGCCACCUCUGCAUCUGUUUCUGAGAACGGUCGUAACAUACAUGUUUUUACAAAUUUACCUCAUUCUUUGCUGCACUUUUAAUAGAAAGGAAAAAAAAGGUGCUCAGUACAAAGAAAGACGUGUGUUGUUGGCCUAAUUUUGUCUUAUAAUUUAUUGCCAAUUUCCUUGUCUUGUUCAAUGUGUGUAUAUGUUUAAAUGGGCUAACCACCAAGUUGUAUUCUUUUAAUAGUAUGUAUAUUUUUAGGUAUUCAGUUUUUUACAAUGUAUAUUUUUCCUAGAUUUAGAUAUGCUAAAUAAAAUGAAUUGAGAUC